AUGGCGACAAUCAGUGGGAAGAACAGGCUGUUGAUUGAGAUGGAGUCGAUGGCAAAGAACCCACCACCUGGAUGCAGUGCAGGGCCUGUGAAUCCCGAUGAACUUGAUAAGUGGAAUGCGGUGAUAAUGGGGCCUCCAGGAUCUAUUUAUGAGGAUGGAAUGUUUGAAUUACAGAUUGUGUUUCCACCGUUCUAUCCUUUCAGUCCACCAAAAGUGACAUUCAACACGCGGAUAUUCCACUGCAACAUAUUUGAGAAGAAUGUGUGUCUUGACAUUCUGAAGGAUCAGUGGACACCUGCACUGACAAUAGACAAAGUUCUGUUGUCGAUUAUUGUCCUUCUGCAGGAGCCGAAUCCAGAUGAUCCACUUAAUGGAGAGGCAGCAGGGCUAUACCGCAAAAACAUAGAGAAAUAUGAGAAGAAGGCGAAGAAGUGGGUUAAGCUUUAUGCAUCGAAGUAUAAGUCUGAAGAUGAAGUUCUGUGA